CGGCCAUGCCACAGAACACAAAGAUUCCAGUUAAAGUGGGAGUGGUUCUCGACAUGGAUACCUGGCUAGGGAAGAUGGGAUUGAGCUGCAUCUCCAUGGCACUCUCAGACUUCUAUGCCUCUCAUGGGCACUACAAGACUAGGCUGGUUCCGGAAAUUAGAAACUCCAAACGAGAUGUCGUUGGUGCAGCUGCAGCUGCUCUAGACUUGUUGCAAAAUGAGGACGUUCAAGCCAUCAUAGGACCAGCAUCUUCCAUGCAGGCCAACUUCCUGAUUGGUCUCGGAGACAAAACUCAUGUGCCCAUCAUUUCAUUUUCUGCAACAAGCCCUUCUCUUUCUUCACUUCAGAGUCAAUAUUUUAUCCGAGCCACCCUAAAUGACUCAGCUCAAGUACCAGCAAUAAGGGCAAUUGUCCAAGCCUUUGGAUGGAGAGAAGUUGUGCUUAUUUACGUGGGCAAUGAGUAUGGGAAUGGCGUUAUACCAUAUCUUACCGAUGCCUUGCAAGAGAUUGACACCCGUAUCGCCUACAGGUACGUCAUUCCUCCAUUAGCCACUGAUGAUCAAAUUGUCAAAGAACUUUACAAGCUGAUGACAAUGUCAACCAGAGUUUUCAUUGUACACAUGUCUACACCUCUUGGGCCUCGGCUUUUCACCAAAGCAAAUAAGGUGGGAAUGAUGGAUGAAGGCUAUGUUUGGAUACUGACUGAUGGGAUGGCUGAUAUGUUGAGUACUUUGGAUGAGUCGGUCAUUGAUUCGAUGCAAGGAGUGUUGGGUGUAAAGCCUCAUGUUCCUAGAUCUAAAGAGCUUAAAAGUUUUGAAAUCAGAUGGAAAAGAAAAAUCCAGCAAGAAUAUCCAACCAAUGAAAGCUAUGAGUUGAACAUAUUUGGCCUCUGGGCUUAUGAUGCUGCUUCUGGGUUAGCCAUGGCAGUUGAACAACUUGGGACAACAAACUUCAGCUUCCAAAAUUCUAAUAUUUCCAGAAAUUCAACCGGUCUUGGGACUAUACAAGUCUCCAAAACUGGUCCAUAUCUUCUCCAAUCACUUCUAAGUACUAAAUUCAGAGGCCUCAGUGGAGAUUUUCAAAUUGUUGAUGGGCAACUACGUUCAUCAGCCUUUCAGAUAGUCAAUGUGAUCGGUAAAGGGGAAAGAGGGGUGGCACUUUGGACACCGGAGAAUGGGAUUGUAAGAAAUUCAAAUCCUACUUAUAAGGCUGAUCUAAGAACCAUCAUAUGGCCGGGAGACUCUCCUUCGGUUCCUAAAGGUUGGGUGCUUCCCACAAACGGCAUGAAGUCCUUGAGAAUAGGAGUACCAGUGAAAGAGGGGUUUAGUGAAUUUGUAAAGGUGACACGAGAUCCUAUCACUAACAUUACAAAGGUCACUGGAUACUGCAUAGCUAUCUUCGAUGCUGUGAUGGCAGCAUUGCCAUAUUCUGUUCCUUACGAGUACAUUCCGUUCGAGACCUCUGAUGGCAAGCCUGCUGGCAAUUACAAUGAUUUGAUAUAUCAAGUAUAUCUUCAGAAGUAUGAUGCUGUUGUGGGAGAUACUACUAUCGUAGCGAACAGGUCCUUAUAUGUAGACUUUACGCUGCCUUACACGGAAUCUGGGGUGUCAAUGAUUGUGCCCGUCAUAGAUAAAAGAAGUAAAAAUGCAUGGGUUUUCUUGAAGCCACUGACUUGGGACCUUUGGGUGACAAGCGCUUGUUUCUUUGUCUUCAUUGGUUUUGUGAUUUGGGUUCUGGAACAUCGUAUAAAUGAAGAUUUUAGAGGACCUCGUUCAAAUCAAGUUGGCACGAUCCUCUGGUUUUCAUUCUCGACCAUGGUGUUUGCCCAGAAGGAGAGAGUUGUGAGUAACUUGGCUCGGUUCGUGGUGAUCAUAUGGUUUUUCGUGGUGCUGAUUCUUACUCAAAGUUAUACUGCCAGCUUGACUUCAAUGUUAACAGUUCAACAGCUGAAGCCGACUAUCACAGACAUAAAUGAGCUCAUAAAGAAUGGGGAGCGUGUGGGUUACCAGACGGGCUCUUUUGUUCAUGAAUUCUUGAAGUGGAUGAAAUUUGAUGAAACCAAGCUUGUAAUCUAUGAGUCUCCAGAAGGGCUGGAUGAAUUAUUUUCAAACAGGAGUUCAGAUGGUGGAAUUGCUGCUGCUUUUGAGGAAAUCCCUUACAUGAAGCUUUUCCUUGCAAAAUAUUGCUCCAAAUACACUGCAGUUCAACCAACUUACAAGUUUGAUGGGUUUGGAUUUGUCUUCCCAAAGCGAUCACCUCUCAUACCUGAUGUUUCAAUGCAAGUCUUAAAUGUGACUGAGGGAGCUAAAAUGGUUCAAUUUGAGAAAGCAUGGUUUGGGCAGACACCCAGUUGUCCAGAGCUCACCAGCUCAGUUUCUUCAAACAGCAUCGGCCUUAAUAGCUUUUGGGGCCUAUUCCUCAUUGCUGGAGUCGCUUCAUUUGUAGCUCUCAUCAUAUGCAUCACCACUUUCUUGUAUGAAAAUAGAGAUACUUUAGUACACUUGGAUCCCCCAGCUUCAGUAUGGAGAAAAAUUAAAGCCAUGGCGACACGCUUUGAUCACAAAGACCUCAGCUCGCAUACUUUCAGGAAAAGUGAAAUGGUAGAUAGAAGUGGCAUCAAUGGUAUGGAUGCAGUUACAGCCUCGCCAGCUACCAACUGCCCCCCAAGUCCAUCAAGCCUUUCCAUCCAAACAGAGAGUAAUUUUGCUUUCUUCAGAGACCAAGAAACGCCUUCUUCUGAAUAUGGCGAUCCAUUCAGUCCAAAUAGGCAGACAUCUCCACAGUAGUAUUUGAUAUUAAUUAAUCUUACUAAUACAAAUCAAGUGCAAAUGAUUCCGCCUCAAGUAGCAGCUGCGAAUGACUGAUUCAUUUUCCUUUUGUAAUUUAAGCCAGUGGAACCAUUAUCCACAAAUGUGGAAUAUUUCAUGAAAAAGUAGCACUGUAGCUAUAGCAAAUUUGGUUAA